CGGGAGGCGGGAGAGCGCCGCCCCCCACCAGGCGGCGCCGCCGCCCUUAUAAAGUGAGUGCGCCGCGCUGACGCGCACACAUCCGCCACGACCCGGGCCGCUAACCUCGCUCCUUCUACUGCCGACUACAGAUAGACCACUGACAGAAUGAAGCUGCUGGUAGUAUCGCUGGCAGUGCUGUGCGCGUGUGUGGCGUUCCCCGUGGACGAGGCGCCGCGGCCAGUCGUGCCGCUGGUCAUCACCGACUACUCCUCCGUGGCUCCGGACGACACCAAGAAGGAGGCGUCAGCUGACGCGCCCGUGAAGACCGAGACGCCGGCAGCCGACCCCACUGGGGAGACUACGAAAGCUGUGGCAGCCGCUGAGGCUCCCGUCCCGGCCGCCCCUGCCGAGCCCGCAGCUGCAGCCGCCGCGCCCGUAGAGGCCGCUGCUGAGGCCGCCGCCAAGCCGGAGGUCAAGUCCGACAAGCCCGAAGCAGAGGCGACGGCAGCCGCGCCGGUGGAGAAGCCCGCCGCGGAGGCAGCCAAGCCGGAGGAGAGCAAGCCUGCCGAGGACCCCAAGCCCGCGCCAGCUGAGGACGCCGUCAAGGUCGCGGAACCCGAGAAGGAGGAAUCGCCCAAGCCGGAGGGUGACAAGCCCGUUACCGUCGCAAAGACAGAAGAGGAGCCGGCCAAGGCGGCAUCGGAGCCGGUCAAGGCUGCAGAGCUGCCAAAGCCAGAGGACGAGAAGAAGCUGGAGGAUGCUGUUGCGGACAAGACCGAGGAGAAGGACACGCCGAAGCCCGAAGGGGAGGCUGCCAAAGCGGACGAACCUGCCAAGCCAGAAGAACCCGCCAAGCCGGAGCCAGCCGUCGCCGCCGCCGAGCCCGAGCCCGCCAAGGAGGAGAAGAAGCCAGAGGAGGUGAAGAAGGAGGAGGAGCCAGCGAAGCCGGAAGAAGCCAAGAAAGAAGAGAUGGCCGUUAAGGACGCUCCCAAGGAAGAAGCCAAAAACGACGCUCCCGCUGUCGCUGCUGCCGCCGCGACGACCCGCCGAAGGCGCGAAGCUAUUGCCGCCGAGGAGAAGAAGGACAAGAAGCCUACGGACAACAAGAAGGACGACAAGAAGGGAAAGUCUGAGGAGGAAGAGAGCAAGGAAGAGAGCAAGGAAGAGAGCAAGGAAGUGGCGCCCGAAGCUCCCGUCAGUACCGAAGUCGCUGCCGACGCCAAGCCCGAAGUGGCCGCAGCAGAGCCGACAGCAGUGGAACCCGUCAAGGCGGAAGCGGAGGAAAAGAAGCCAGAGGAGACGCAGGGCGCGGUGAAGGCGCAGCCGGCGGAGGAGCCGGAGAAGAAGGCAGAGGAGAAGCCCGAGGAGGAGAAGAAGCCGGAGGAAAAGACUGAGGUGGUUAAGAAGGAGGAGGAGGAGAAGAAGCCCGAGGAGGAGAAGAAGGCGGAGGAGGAGCCGACGAACGAGGCGCCCGCCAAGGCAGAGGAGAAGCCGGCGAAGGAGGAGGAGCAGAAGCCUGCGGAGGCGGCGGCGAGCUCAUAACGCGGCCCGCGGGCGCCCGCGCGAGCGCUCCUGCACUGUCGAUCUGCCGGCAACGUAACUCCUUCCGCGGCAGCGUCAAGUCGGCAAACGUUCUCCUAGCUCUGUCUCGCAGACAGCCCCUUCAGCGACAGGAGUUACCUGGCAUGUGGGAUAUGGGGACUCUCUCUUCGCCCUGAACUCUUCUACACUCGACUCGUUUCACACGAAUGGCAAUAUCCGAGUAGCUGUAUCCACUCGGAAAACAGUAUCUACUUUGCAUUAAAUCCUAAUCCAAGUACUUGCUAACAGGAGCUUCCUGUAAUCAACUUGUCAUCUACUUGCCCGUCACGAUUGAUUCUUUACAAGAAAAUAACUGAUUUCCCUUCAACAAUACAAAACUACCCCUUAAGACAUUCUGCAUUAAAUUAAAACCUUCGUGUGAAACUUGAGCUUAACGAUUUCAUGCCUUCUUGACAAACACCGUACACAAAAGAAACAUAAAUACUCACUUCAGUUAUUUCUGGCGAGUCAAAUCGAUAGCAUUUACGAUAAAUGCUAAAUUAUACUCGCCAGAUUACACGCGAUGUUGUCAAGAAAGUCGUGAAAAACAUGAAAGUUACUGUGGCUAUGAGCCAUCAAGUACUGUAACAGUAGUAAUACACCACAUGACAGCAUACCUGAUCUGUUGGAUUACUCCAUUUCAUCCUAGUUUAGAGAAAGUAAAUUAAUGAUACAGUGACUGAGUGAAAUUGUGGACAGUACCCGAGCGAACUGUCUAUACAAGCAAAUAGUUUACUAGUGUGUGUGUAUGGAUGUUAUCGAAUGCAACAUAUCGUACAGAAAGGCAAUAAAAUUUGCCUCAUUUUUCAUCGUAUACUGUUACAAAUACAAUUAAACAGUUAUGUUCUGCACUCCGUUAUCAGUUGCAUGUAAUGUAGUGUGUCUGUAUUUAAAAAAGCUUACAAUAAAAUCUAUUUUAUACAAAGA